AUGGCCUUAGGAUGCAUGUUAGCUCAGCUUGAUGAUUUGGGGAAGGAGCGUGCCAUCUAUUAUUUGAAGUUUGAUAUUCAUUAUGUCACACAGAAGUCAGUAAAAGGAAGCAUUGUUGCAGAUCAUCUAGCUUCUUUGUCGAUAUUCGAUGACAAAUCGGUUGAUGAUGAUUUCUCUUAUGAGCAGAUCGUUUCAAUGACUAGUAUUACGGGAUGGCGGUUGUACUUUGAUGGUGCCGCCAAUCAGUCGGGGUUUGGCAUUGGUAUCUUGUUGAUAUCACCACAGGGUGAUCAUAUCCCUAGAUCAGUCCGGUUGGCAUUCUCCGAUCAUCACCGGUUGACGAAUAAUAUUGUGGAGUAUGAGGCUUGCAUUACAGGUUUGGAGACUGCACUUGAUCUUGGCAUUAGACAGUUGGAGAUCCACGGGGAUUCCAAUUUGGUUAUACAGCAAACUCAGGGUAUCUGGAGGACUCGGGAUGAGAAGCUAAAACCCUACCAUGCUUACUUGGACCUGUUGAGUGAUGGAUUUGAUGUGUUAAGGUAUAUACAUCUGCCCAGGGCGGAGAAUCAGUUUGCCGAUGCAUUAGCCACCUUGGCUUCUAUGAUUGUGAUCCCCACGGGGGUGACUGUUAGGCCAUUGCUGAUUGAAACUAGGUCUGCACCAGCUUACUAUUGUCUGAUUGGAAAGAUAGAGGAUCAGAUUGAGUUUCCAUGGUAUCACAAUAUUUAUCAGUUUCUGUCAUGCGACACUUACCCAGAGUCAACCUCGGCCAAGGAUAGGAGAGCAUUGAGACAGUUGGCCACCAGAUUUGUUAUUUGCGGGGAUGCACUGUAUAGGAGAUCACCUGAUGGCCUGUUAUUAUUAUGUCUAGACCGUACAUCUACAGAUCAAGUGAUGAGAGAGGUUCAUGCAGGGGUCUGUGGCCCACACAUGGGAGGUCAUAUGCUAGCGCGUAAGAUCAUGAGGGUUGGCUACUUUUGGUUGACCAUGGAAACAGAUUGUUGCCAGUUUGUACAGAGAUGUCAGGAGUGUCAGAUGCAUGGAGACUUGAUACACGUGCCACCUUCUGAGUUGCAUGCACUCACAUCCCCUUGGCCAUUUUCAGUAUGGGGUGUUGAUAUUAUUGGGAAGAUCUCGCCCAAGUCCUCCAAUGGUCACGAGUACAUCUUAGUAGCCAUUGACUAUUUCACCAAGUGGGUGGAAGCCGCUUCCUAUGCUAGAUUGACAGCGGCCAGGGUGACCAAAUUCAUCAGAUCGCACAUUAUCUACUGA